AUGGCGUACGGGCGUGCGGAGCCGCUGCCGUUCUGGUUGACAUACGUUUUCAGCGGCUUCGCGGUGGUGAUGGCGCUCAUCGCUGUAUCACUGGCCGUGCUCCUCUGCUCCCGCCGCAAGAGGAGAAGCAGGCCGCCCCUGGACAGGGCGUCAUGUCCAUCCUGA